AGAAGCCGAGUCGACCGACAAUUCAGCAUAUAAUAACACGCAAACCCUUUAAACUACUUUUAACCACAUUCAAGCACAGUUAUGCCAUCCGACAGACCCUUCAAACAACGACGGAGCUUCGCUGAUCGUUGCAAGGAAGUGCAGCAGAUCCGAGAGCAGCAUCCUAAUAAAAUUCCGGUGAUCAUUGAGAGGUAUAAGGGGGAAAAGCAACUUCCAGUCUUGGACAAGACCAAGUUCCUUGUCCCUGACCAUGUUAACAUGAGUGAGCUGGUAAAGAUUAUCAGGCGUCGAUUGCAGCUCAACCCCACCCAGGCCUUUUUCCUUCUUGUCAAUCAGCACAGCAUGGUCAGCGUGUCCACCCCCAUUUCUGAGAUCUACGAACAAGAGCGGGACGAAGACGGCUUCCUCUACAUGGUUUACGCCUCCCAGGAGACCUUCGGCUGCUAAACAGGCCGACUCGACCUUCGACAGGAACAGACGUCACCCAAAUGCACCCGAUUAUUUAGCUCUGUCCCCAUCAUCACUACUCUGGUAGGAAAUACAUAAAAACCAUUGCGUUUUCUCCAUUUGACACUAUAGUGCAAAGUAAAGCACUAGUAUAAACACUACACUGAUCUUUCGCCCCAUUUUAAACCUCCUACUUUUCCUUUAAAAGCUCAGCGUAGGUUUUGUAUUUGGCUCCGUGACUUUUUUUCCCUUUGUAUUUUUAUUAUCUUUAGGCGAAUAUGUCAAAUAAUAAGUAACACAUGUUGAUGUAAAUAGGUAAGAGUGUGUGUGUUUUUUAUUAUUUAGGAUUGAUUUGUUUUUUCUGUCUGUUUGCUUGUAGUAAAUAAUAGCCUGUUACCAGACCGCAGUGGUGCUGGUGUAAGAUUGUGAAAAUCUUACAGAAGAAUUAAGUGCUUAUUAAUCAAAACGCAGCAUCAUUUUCAUUAAAUCAACUAUUAGACCCGUUUUUUUGGGUCCCAAGAUAAAACUGAAAGGAGAACAAUAAUUGAACUGAUCCGAAGAAUUUCUUGGUGUAAAAAAAAACCUCAUUGAUCACUCACUGUAAAAUAAAGAUACUGCCUGACGGUAACUGUACUGUAUAUGUGUGAGCCGGAAGAACAGCAAAGAUCUUUUGGCAUACAGUAUUCUGCAGUCACAUCAUUUUUAGAAUAAACUGCUUUAUUUGCACAAUUUAAAAAAAACAUCUAAGAGGACAAACUGUUCAACAAGUAUAGCACAUAAUUAUAUUCUCUUUUAUUCUUGAUUUUUUUCCUCCUGUGUCACCAUACGAGCUGUAUGCCUUCUGUUAAAUCUCAGAUGAAGGGAUCGUGAUGCACUACUUUGCAUGUUGGGUUUCUCAACCUUUUUUAUAUUGAUUUAUGCUAUAGAUUUGUUAAUUAUUUCAGCUUUAUUUAAAGAGACUUUUUAGGUGUUUUCAAACCAAAAAAAAAAAAAACUGAAAAAUGUCAAUGGAUGUUUGAAAAACAAGUGUGUGUAUAAAUCAUUGUACAAAAAAAAAAAAAAAA